AUGCCUGGAGUCACUCGACAACCAAGCCGCGAUACUGCUGCCAUCAUCUUAUUCAUCUACAUUAUCGUGAUCGCUGCGCUGAUCAUGACUCUGGUGGAUUUUUGGCAGAACCGCAAUCGUGGUAUGCUUCCACGCAGUGUGUCAAGCAGAACACGAUUGACACGACGCAAGCGAACACCCAAGGCUGAACGAAAGCCUUGGUACAGCUUUGCUCGUGGCGGAGCUGAGCUGGACCUUGAGCACGCUUUUACUCAGUCCACAUUGUCGCAAUACGGUCGCAAUGGCUAUGGCACCAUUUCUCCUACUUUGGGCAGUUUCGAUGGAACAUAUGAGGCAGCUUCUACUGGCCCGCAAAGCAACAUGCCUUCUGAGCCUCGUCAAGCACACUCGCAAGCACCCGGACUCAGCUCUGCUUCAACUCUGAGCGCUUCCUCGUCCUCUUCGUUCAUGCUGACAUCUUUGACCCCAGUUUCGGCCCCAGUCGAUCUCCCGCCAAUGCCAGCCGCUGCCGUCCCUCAGCCAAUUGCUGACUUCAGCUUUUCGCAUACCUACGAACACGUCCGCACUCUUACCUACUGCUCCGAAGGACCUGUCCACUUGGUCAAACACCGCGGAACUGGCAAAGAGUUCAUCAUCAAGCAGGUCGCGCCUACAGUCGAGCUGCCUAACGAAGUCGCCAUCCUUGACAAGAUUGGAAAGCAUCCAAACAUCAUCGAGAUCGCCGACGUUCUCGAAGGACACACAGAUCAACGACUAUCGAACGAUAUUGUCACCCCCUUCGCUGACCUCGGCGACCUCUACAAUCUGAUCGACCACUUCGCCGGCAACAACUCCGCAUGCUACAUUCCGAGAGAGUUCGUCCUACUCUUCGUCUCCAGCAUGAUCGAUGCGCUCGCUUACAUUCACAACGGCGAUGUCUAUUACGAUGCUGGAACGGACACAAUUCACAGCGUGAGCUUCCGUCAGCCAUCGAUCGUCCACCGCGACAUCAAGCCAAACAACAUUUUCUUGUCUAUGUCCGCUAACAGAUUUCCUCAGAUCAGAUUGGCCGACUUCGGCCUUGCCUGUACCUCUGACGAGAACUACGGCAUAGCUGGUACCGAUGGCUACUUCGCACCAGAAGUUCUCAGACGCGAGAAGGAGCUCAAAACUCCAGGCUUCCCCAACACCUUUGCCUAUCGUCGGAACAUUUGCACCAAAGCUUCGGACAUGUACUCCUUCGGCUGCUCGCUUUAUCAGCUUAUCUUCCUUCGACCCUACGACUGUGACGCUGAUAUUGACGAUGAACUCCAGUACACGCCAAUGAGGAAUGACCGAGCGAUCAGGAACUUACUGCAGAACUGUCUCGCAUACAACCCAAAUGAACGACCGUCUGCAAGCGAUCUUCACAGACUAUCUGCCAACAUCAAAGCUGAGCUGACGCACUGGGCCAAGAACGGCGGUAAGUUUCCUGAGAGUAUGUGGCCUGAUCCGAUGGGCUACGACAAGAAGCGAGAGGUGAGAGAGGCAGAACGAAGGCAACGCAAGGCUGAAGCUCAAGCUGCCGCUGAAGCCAACGCUGAUGCUAUGGCUGUCAACGCCGCGAUCAACGCUGAGUUUGCCUCCCAGCCUGACGCUCAGGCCAUUGCCGGCGCAGAAUCUUCUGCUUUUUCAGCCGAUGCGUACUUGGCCAAGUCCGAAGCUAAUCAACAGGUCGAAAGCGCGGCAAAUCUGGAUACUGCGGAACUGCUUGCCCGGAAGACCAGUUCUUCACCCGUCCGCAUGCCUCCGGCAAUCUCUGUCGUACUCAGCCGCUUUAUUGGUCAAGCUCCUUGA